GCUGAAUCCACAAUGUGAUCAAAUGUCGCUACUGCUCGAUUGUACUAAUCAUUAUAGUGGAUUGUCUUUUUCACCACUUUUUUGAUGAUCGAAGAUUUGUUGUUUUUGCUGUAUUGUUUUGACAAUUUUAAUAAAAUGACUUCUACACUUAUUGCAGCAGGCAUUGGCCUUGCUGUAGUGGGUUUUACUGGGCGUUAUAUACUUAAAAGAAUGCCGCAAUUAUCUCAAAAGAUGGCAGAAGCUUAUAAAAAUGUACCAAAAUUAAAUUCACAGACAUUAGCAAAUAGUAAAUAUUACAAAGGAGGUUUUGAGUCUAAAAUGACUCGACGAGAAGCUAGUUUAAUAUUGGAUGUAUCACCAACUGCAAGUAAAUUGAAAGUAAAACAACAAUUUAAGAAAAUUAUGUCUGUAAAUCAUCCAGAUAGAGGUGGAUCUCCAUAUAUUGCUGCAAAAAUUAAUGAAGCAAAAGAUUUACUAGAAAAAUGAUUUAUAUAUAGAUAAAUGUAUACGUAUAGAUAGUCUGUAUGAAAUUAGUUUGCAUCUAGCCCCGUGACUGUAAUUUGAAUAAGUAUUUUAUUUAACUUAUAAUAAAAUUAUUUAUACAUAAUAAUGGUUCAUUUCUAAUUUUGAUGCUGAUUGAACUAAAAAUUAUAUUGAUAAAAGUAUUUAACACGUGAUCUUCAUACAAUUAAUAUAUUACAAUUUUAUAAAAUUAGUAUUCCGUUUUCUUUGUAUUUAUAAAUAAAAAAUGUAUAAAGAAUCUUAUAAAUUAAUCUAAAUCAAUGUAAUAAGAUUACUGGUAUGCUAUCCUUUGCUUUUAUAUUUACAGGAAUACUGUAGAUGCAACAUUAUUAAUAAUCUUAUACCGUACAUUCGUUUUUUCGGAAUUACAAUAAAAUAAUAUAUUGACUAGAA